AUGGCAUGCGAUUUGGAUAGUGAGAAAUGGGCUUGUUCGCAAUGUACAUAUCUUAAUUAUCGGAAAGCAACAGUGUGCACUAUGUGCCGAAGUCCGCGGCACUCCCCCUUUAUCACAGAACCUCCAAAUACUUCAAGUGCCUCUUGUACAACUGCCUGGACAAGUUCUUCAAAAAGAUGGCCAUGCCCUGACUGCACUUAUGUGAAUUUUCUCAAAUCUCGACACUGUACAGUAUGUUCAUGUAAACGUCCUGGUGUUUACAGUUUAGAAGCUGGCAGGCAGUCUCCGAGUAGAACAGAUAUUGUUAACGACUUAAAGGAAACGGUGAAGUUGUCUAAAGCCCUUCAUAAAUGGGAUUGCUCCAAAUGCACGUACAAUAACUGGCCCGCUGUGAAAUGCUGUACUAUGUGUGGAAAUCCACGCGAGUCUUUUUCUCGUAGCACCAGCACUGAAGAAAUCCCUUCUUCACUCCAAGAACGUGGGAAAGGUUUUUUGAAGAGUCAUGAAGAAGCUUCGACUACUCAGGUAAAGAGUACGGUGUACAGGCAGAAUUCUCAGAAAUCAUCCACUGCAAAAAAUGAGAGUAGCAAUUCAUAUUAUGAUGAGAAAAUAAGUGCGCUGGAGCGUCAUUUCUACCAUUUGAGAAAAACGGUUGAUACUGGUUGUGCGUCGUUUUUAGAAGCCAUCCUUGAAUUGAUUUGUCCGGGUAGUGAUAGUGAUGAGAAAUUACUUUAUUAUAUCUACAAUUAUGGUGAAGCAAAUAGAAAAAUCACGGUUUUUGAGAACAUUCUGUUAAAUGGAUUUGAAGAGGAUGAUCAUACUCUCUAUGAUCUAACUAUUGUUGAUCUUUUAAGAACAAGGUUUCGUUCGAAGCUCGCAAAUGUUCCACGUUUUUUUAUUGAUUCAGCUUUGUAUUCUUUUGCGCUUCCUGGAUUGCAAGAAGAGAGAUCUGAAGAUGUUGAUGUUGUCUACGAUGUUUAUGACACGGGUCGUGUGGCUAAUAAUGGUUCUAUUUUUACACUGCCUAAUGCAAUAUGUGACUUGAGGCCUUGGAUUGCAUCUGGAGACCACAACUUACGUGUUCUUAUGGAUUUCGAUGAUCGGCAAGUAUUAAGUACAAUUGGUUGUCUGGAUACCCCGUCUCUAGCAAAUACUGCUGGGUGUCAUGUCUAUGCGCCACUUGUUCUUCGAAAUAGAGGCCGUGGUCAUAGCUUGGUUGAUGCAGUUUCUCAAGGUCUUUGGGGUGUGGUUGACAAGGCAAAUAUAUUGCGCGAUGCAAUUUUUCAAAUGCUUUGCACUAAGGAGUCUCUAUUUCGUAGUCGUUGGGCUGCUUCCCUGAUGAAGACGGGUAUGAAAUUUGAUUUGUAUACUAUGCACCGCUACUGGACAACAAUUAUGGAAUGCCAGGACCCUGAUGCUCCCCUUGAACAGAUCCAUAUUCUGGUCCUUGCUCAAGUUUUAAAUCGCCCAAUUAUCGUACUGCCCAUUGAAGCUUCAAGGUUAAGUUCAGUGCGUGAAGGGAGCCGCAAAAGCGUAAAGCAUUACUUGGAAGGGUUUUAUCCGCAGCUGCCUGGUUUAAGCAAUUAUCGUUUGUGUGCUCCUAUUUUACUUGGUUAUUCUAAUGGGAAUUUUCAUGCCUUAGUCCUCCCUCCACCUAUGAGGAGCCCUGCUCUUGGCCGAAUUGAAAUCGCUAGAUGCUCCAAAGUAUUCCGCUACAUUCGCUGUCCACCAUUUCCUUUGACUCAUUUUGUUCAGUUUGCGUUCAACGAUGCUGAAGCUGAAGAGUUUAUCCGGGAUGGGCUAGUUGUUGACGUCGACCCAAGUGGACAGCAGUGGAUCUACCAUUCAACUUUUGGUUUUCCGUUGCCUAAGCCGGAUCGUGGGACUCGUUUAUGGAGUGAGUGGCUACUUACACACUUCCCCACCGGUUUAGAUGAAGAUGAGGAUGAUGAUUGUAACGAUGAUCCAGAAGUCGAGCCUGGGUCAUGUGGUGUUGGAGGAACUCGGAGCGACUACGAUACAGAUAUUUGA